UACAGGCUGUGAUUACACUGAGAAUUUUCAACUGCUCAUUUUGCAAGAACACAAGAACCUUCAGUGUUGCUCAUUAGAGUUUUCCCAACUUGACUGCAAUGGAUCACUCAGGUACCAGCUUUGUCGAACAAGGAUCGUCGGAAUUUGUCAGCACACUGAAAGCCCUCUGGGCCCUGAAGGAUGUAGACCAGAUCCGGGAAUAUGUUCAGAAGACUCUUCCAACCCUGGAGGAUCCGCAGGCUGCACUUUUGGAUGUGCUUGAAGCAUUCAGUGCAUUUAAGGGGAAGGCAAACUCACUGGGGUAUAUGAUUGCCUGCAAAUUUAGUCAGUGGCUGAAGGAACACCCGGAGGCUCAGCAGACUGGCUUGAGGUUAGAGAAGUUUCAAACGCGUGUGUUUGCUCUAGUCACGGAGGGAACUCUGCUGGAUCUUCUGCUAGAUAUGUACCAGAUACACAGCGCCGAUAGAAACUUCUUACUGGGGCACGCAACACAUCUGCAUCACAUGGGCAAGUUUAAAGAGGCAGUGAUCUUAAGUACAAAAUUAGACCUACAGAUGGAUCUGGACUUGGAAGAAAUGUGUGCUCCUUUGUUGCUUACGGAGAGGUUCCCACUUGUGGAGGCAUACGUGGCCAAGUACCCAGAGCUGCAGACCCAGCUGGUGCAGUUGCUGGAUAGUUGGAGUGACCCUAAUUUUAAUCCUCGGGUUGUGGGCAGGCAAUAUAAGGGUCUUCCACCAAUCAAGGCAGACAAAAUGAACAUAAAGACAGUGUCCAAGUUGGCCUUCAAACUGUUGGAACAAUAUAAACUUGACCCAGGUCUCUGUGCAAAUUUAAUAAAUCAGCGUCAUCUGGGCACUUUGAAGUACCUCAUGUACAAGAGGUUUGUGGAAAAAUCGAUGACGCAUGAGAACUGGACAGAACAUGUGCAGAACACAGUGAAAGACAACCGCUGGCUGCAAGAACAGCUGAUCUCUUUGCUACUUCGUCACAGUGACUGUGAAACUGCAGGCCGGUGGGCUCUGAAAUUGAAUCUGCCUCAAGAGAACCUCCCAAGAAGAGUUACUGAAGCAUUGGAAGACCUGGGUAUCAAUGACAAUUCUGCUCUAUAUCACGGACUGUCGGAUACAGAGACCACGGUUGACGAUCCCCAGACCAGGAAGAAGCAUUUUUACCAGCUCCCCAUUCCCAGGGACAAGGUUCAUUUCCUGCAGAGCUCUGAAGAGCUGUCCCGCUGCCGAGAAAUAGUCAUGAAGGAUGGCCAGACGGUCGGAGUAGACAUGGAGUGGAGACCUUCCUUCGGAGAUCUGGGAAAGCCCAACGUGUCCUUGAUACAGGUGGCCGUAAAGGGGGAAGUCUUCCUGCUGGAUUUGCUGAACGGAGUCAUUACAGACAGCGACAAAAAGAAAAGCUGUAAAGAAGAACUGAUCAGCUUAAUCAAAGAACUAUUCUCAUCUCCUAAAGUUACAAAGCUGUGUUAUGGGAUGCUUGGAGAUCUACAGAGUCUGGAGGGCACUGACCCUGAGUUUAUAGGCCUGGAUAAGCAGCUGCACGGUGUACUGGACCUCCUAAUGGUUCAUAAACAGAUACAGCAUUAUCAGCACAGACCGAGGAACCACAGCAGCCCAGUGGAUGUCCUCGCAGGCAGCCAGGCAUCUGGUAACGGACACGAUGUGCAGCCAGCCGGCCUUAGCCUGUUGGUGAGAGAUGUGCUGGGGAAACCACUGGACAAGACUGAGCAGCUCUCAAACUGGGACAGGAGACCCCUCCGGGAACAGCAGAUCAUCUAUGCAGCUGCUGAUUCGUACUGUCUGCUGGAGGUGUAUGAGGAGCUGCAAAGUGACCCUUUACGAUAUGGGCUCCAUCAGGAUUUCCACAAGCUGCCACAAAAACCCGCUGUGCCGAGGCAUCAAACUGAAAAACAGAAGAUUGCAGCUGUACAAAAGCAGAAGCCCAAGACUUUGACUACCACACCCAACCCUAAUUCUAUGAGUCAACCACUAUCCCCGCGCCAGUUUAGUGUUGUGUGCGACAAUAUGCUCCAGGGACUCGGAAGAUACUUGCGCUGCCUGGGAGUGGACGUCCUCAUGUUGGAGAACGAUGACGACCAUAGGAGAGCAGCCGAGAUUGCCAGACGUGACGGAAGAGUCAUUCUCACAUGUGGCCUGCCCUAUGAGACGCUUCGUUCUCAAGUAGGGGAAGGAAAAUGUUUCCUUGUAGACUGCUCAGAAAAAGCUAAGGAGCAAGCCAUCAAGGUGCUGAAACAUUUUAAUGUCCGUGUCACCCUGGCCGAUGUCUUCAGUCGUUGUCAGGUAUGCAAUUGUAACAAGUAUCUGCACAUUUCCCGGGACAGAAUGCUGUCUUUACUAAAGCUCCACGGAUACCCCUGGGACACAAAAGAUGUAACAGAUCCUUACAAUGCAGCUCGUACCCCAACAUCUGCCAGCCAAUCAAAAACGCCAGUGGAAAUACAAAGCUUUGCAUGGGUAAAGGAGAUGGGAUUUUCUCUAGAAUCCCUCACAUUACCCAGCGGAGCCAAACUCCAACUAGAAUCCAUUCCACCUGGUCUUCUAGAGAAAAUUGACUUGUUUUUCUGCUGUAGCCAAUGUGGCAAGGUCUUCUGGGAAGGCUCCCAUUUUGGACGAGUUGUCGCCCAAUUUCAGGAAAUUCUCCAGAACACUGGAGAAUAUUUCUACCAGAUCAGUACCACAGAGAAAUCUCAUGACGAUUAAAUUUUGGGUUCCAUUGUCUGCUCUGCUCGAAGAAGAAACAUUAUUAGAGAUCAUUUUUUUUGUUUUCUUUUUUAAUGAAAGUGAAUGUCUUUUGUAUUUACAAUUUGCUGAUUUAUAUCUUGACAAACUAUUUAAGUGCAUGUUUACUUUAAAUUUUGUGAUGUUUUUCAAAUACUGUAAUAUGAAAUAUUUCUUUUAACUUCUGUGUUCAACUGUAAUGAUUUUAGACAAAUAUUUUACCUUUAAAGCUUAGAACCAUUUUAUUUAAUUGAAAAUCAAAAUCAGACUGCAAAGCUUGUAUAUUAUAAAAACAAAAAAUGAAAAUAAAAAACUAAGAGGGCUGAAUGAAUUUCAUGUUGCAAAGCUUUUUAAGGAUACAAAGUUAACUUUUCUGAAGAUAAUUGCUAUUUUUAUUUCAAAAUUUUCAAAUUAAUUUUAAAUAGAUAAAAAUUUAAAGGGACGUGGAAGACAGAAUGAAACGUUCGGGAUUCUUCAGAUAGAGUGCAUCAUUUUAGUAAGACCUUGCUCUUUUCUAUGUGAGCACUGACGCGUCUUGAGCGCCAAACGGCAGCAUUGCAUAUAACAAUGUUAUACAUGUAGUGUAUUAUUUGAAUUUUGACAUGUCAUCAAAAAUAGCCAUCGACUUGUUGGCAUCUUGGUUUUCUUGUCCGUGCAUGCGCAGCUCGUUGUCCUGUUUUAUCAGAUGUAUGUUAUCGUUCGUCCUGUGCGUUGUUGAUCAUUUGUCAAGUGCUUUUGACUUUGAAGGCAAUGUGUUAAUUUUGUUGUCGAUAUUUAUUAGAUAAUUUGUGGCUAGUUGAAUUGUGAUUGUGAAGUUGAUGCUGUCCAACGUUUUUUGGUGACUUUUCCGCUAACCGCUAUGAUUCGAUACAAUCUUAUUUUCUAAUACAGAAAUGGUGUUAUCAUUGGAAUUGUGUUUGCUCUGAUUUAAAGGGACGUGAAACCCAAUUUUUUUUCUUGUAUGAUUUAGAUAGAGCAUGCAAUUUUAAACAACUUUCCAAUUUACUUCUAUUAUCUAAUUUGCUUCAUUCUCUUGAUAUCCUUAGUGGAAAAGCAUAUUUAAAAAGCUGCCGAUUGGUGGUUGCACAUAGAUGCCUUGUGUGAUUGGCUCACUCAUGUGCAUUGCUAUUUCUUCAACAGAGGAUAGCUAAAGAAUUGGGCAAAUUAGAUAAUAGAAGUAAAUUGGAAUGUUCAAAAUUAUAUUCUCUAUUGGAAUCAUGACAGAAAUUUUUUGGGUUUCACGUCCCUUAAAAAAAUAAAAAAAAUAAAAUGGGAGCUGAUAGACAGGAUCAUGAACGCUAGAAUUGACACUGCACCCACAUUGUGCUCAAGAUGUGCACACUCUCGAACUUACCUUGUAUACUUUUAUCAAAAGAAGCUGACUUUCAACACCGUGUAGUACAGUGAUAGGGAACCUUGGCACUCCAGAUGCUUCAGAACUACAUUUCCCAUGAUGCUCGACUGGAGUUCAGAGUGCCUAAGCAUCUUGGGAUGUAAAUUUGACAAUAGAAGUAACAUUGAUUUUUUUUUAUAUAUUGUAUGCUUACUUUUGACUUCCCUUUAUAUUUUUCUUUCAUGAUUUAGGCAGAACAUACAAUUUUAAACAACUUUCCAGUUUAUUUCUAUUAUCAAAUUUGCUUCAUUCUCUUGGUAUCAUUUGUUGAAGGAGCAGCAAUGCACUGGUUUCUAACUGAACACAUGGGUGAGCCAAUGACCAUCGUUAUAUAUAUGCAGCCACCAAUCAGCAGCUAGAACCUAAGUUCUUUGCUGCUUCCGAGCUUACCUAGAUAAACUUUUUAGCUAAGGAUAACAAGAGAAGGAAGCAAAUUAAAUAGAAGUAAAUUGGAAAGUUGUUUAAAAUUGUUUGCUCUGUCUAAAUCAUAAAUGUCUAAUUAUGACUUUACUGUCUCUUUAAGUGAGAGAUACAUUUUUAUCAAUUUAUGUGUAUAGAAUGUGAUCUGUUUUUUCUCUCUUUAUUAUAUUUUUAGACGUUGUAACCAUACAAAACAAAUUUAAAGACAAUAAAACACAUUUUAAAAGAUAUACGUACGGCAAAUUUAAAGAUAUAAACAGUCUGUUUCAUUAUUGUUCUAAACAACAGCACUAAGCCUUAGGAAAUUAUUGCAAUAUGUAUUAUUCAUCAUUUUAAAAGGAUUUUACCUUUUAUUCACUGAGAAUUUGAAGUGCUCGUUUAGCAAGAAAACAGAAAAGUUUGCGGUUUCUUUUUAUACUUACUUUGAUUUAACUUUUUUGUUUUCCCCCUAAAGGAGCACUGUUUAAAUAUCCCUUUAAAACCAACCCAUACAAUUCAGCCUUCAACUGUCAGUGAAAUGGUAGAGAAAUAAAUGAAAACCGAUCUAAAAAGAACAUACGCUAUCACUUUUCCCCAUAUAGUAGAAAGAUUAUGACAAAUUGACAAGAGAAUGUCUUUGGGCGUCCCCAUAUGGUAAGCAUUUGACGAAACAAAAUGAUUGAUUGUUUUUAAGGUAAUUAAAGUCCUCCAAUGACACAUAAUAUUGUGUCCUCUCUAUUCAUUGUUGCACAUAGUAGGGGAAUUGAAAGGUUUCCAUUGGUAUAAGAGAUCUGUGGCAACUGAUAAGAAUACAAAAUACUGCUUUUUAUCAUUUCUCAAAUCUCUACAUUUCACGUUUUUGCACACCCUGAGCGCACUUGCUUUUUUAUUAUUAAAAAAAGGGGAUACAAAAAAAGAAAAAAAGCAAUGUACAAUUUUUAUUCUAUGAUGCUAUUUAUCUAGUUUAACAAAGGUUUCUCGCUAAGGCUUAAGACUUAGUCUAAAAAAUUUGCGAGCCUAGACGUGGUUUUCCACGCCGACACUCGCAGGGGCAGCCUUCAUGGAAUUCUAUUUUUUUAAAAAGAGAGCUCUCUGCUAUGUAAAAUUUUGCAAUGGCGGACGAAAAUACACAGAGAGAACCCGGCGUACGUUUAAACUUUAAUAUUACGCCUAAUAGAAAUCAAAUUACGCUGUUUUUAGUGCACAGUACCUUAAAAUUGCUGUUAUUUUUGUAUGCAUAGCUUUUCCAUUCAGAGUAAUUAGUGUUUUGAGUAUUUUGAUUAAAGCUUCCCAAGUUUUAAUUUGCAAGAAAAAAACAAUGAGAUCUGUAGGGGGAAAAUGUUUACAGAAUUACGCUAGGAUUUGAGACAAUUUCAUAUACGUCCAUGGAACGUCCAUUUUACGAAAAGGCAAUUAUUACGGUUUGUAUUUUGUACUAAAGUACGAAUUUCCAUAUGUUUUUUGCGCAUCCAGUGUACUUAAAUUACUAUUUUCUUUGUGCAUAUUUAGUACAAUUUAUUUCUGUGUAAUUUACAUACAAAUUGUAUGUUUUUGGUGAGCAAUCUUAUUACGAUUGUUGAUGGACCUUAACAAUAAAAAAAUAAAUCUG